AUGGCACGCGGUGGCAAAGGAAGCGGCGGCGCGAGCAAUGCCAAGGAGCUCAAGAUGUUCAUGGAGCACCGCAUGUGGCGCGACCACUGGCUUGCGCUCUCGGUCGUCGGCUCCAUCAUCGUCGCCCUCUUUGCCGGCUUCUUCAUCCAGUUUAGCUUUUCGGAGGCACGCCUGCACCAGAUUCGGCUCGACGACGCGCCUCUCGUCGAGCGCGUUUUCAAGUCUGGUGAGCCGUGGGUCGUGCUCUGCGCCAACGCUGACACGGUGCUGCCCGAGGUCUUUGAUAAGGCGUCCGAGCGUCUCCUCGGCAAAAUGCAUGUCGGUGUCCUUGACUGCGACGACCUCCUUCCGUCGGGCAAGAGCGUCUUUAGCAAGUUUAGCAUCCGUCGCGACAUCUCGCCGACCGUGUUUACCGUCGCGAACGGCGAAAAGCCCAAGCAGCUCUUCUUGAACUACUUGCAAAAGCCACGCGCUCUGGCCGCGCAGGCCCUCGCGCAGACCGCCAAGCAGCUCCACGAGAUCCAAACAACAGCGCAGCUCGACGACAGGUGCCUCUCCAAGACCGCGCCGUGCAUUCUCGUGUACCGCGCAGCCGACCUCAUGCACGCGCACCGCGGAGCCAAGUUUGUGUGGGCGGAUGCGGGCAUUCUCAAGCUUUCAGUCGAGUCGCUCUGGCCGUCCUCUACGAAGCGAGACCACCGCAUUAUGCUCUUUCAAAAGUCCAAGGACGAGGGUGGUGUUAUCACACUCCAUGCGACGCCGCACACGUCGUACUUUGAGCAGUUGGCCGUCGACCAGUUUGUCGCCUCGCACGUGGCUGCCCCCGUCGCGUCGGCGACGAAGACGCUCUCAAAGCCCGUGACACUCAAGCGCCGCACGACCAAAAAGGCGAAGGCGCCGUCGCCGUCCACCGAGCCGUCAAGUCCCGAGGUCGAGCGGCAGGCCCGCGCCCGCAUGGACGAGGAGAGCAAGGUCCACUUUGCCGAGUCGGUCGACGCGACAACAGACGCGCCAACCCACAACGACAACGACAACGACGGCGAGGAGGACAUUCUCGACUUGGACGAGAUGUGA